ACCUUUUUUUUCUUUCUUUUUUUCUUUUUUUUCUUUUUCUUUAUUUAACGAUGUUCCCUCCUUGCCAUAUUUUACCUGCUACUUGUGAACUUUGUGGUAACUGGUUACCUGAUCAUCAAGCAUCUUGUCCUCGAAAUGGAGUACAUCCUUCACAAUGGACUAUGGAUAUAUUUGACCCUUUGGUUCAAGACCAACAAGAAGACGAACUUUUCAGUGUUGUCCAACCUACUGUGUUAUCUUGUGUAUCGCCUUCUCCUUGACCUACUUUUUUUCUUUUUGGCUCAGCACCGACAAGUCUAUCUAUAUCAAUGAUUUCUCUCUUUUUUUUUCUUUUUUUGUAUCAUAUAUAUGUCUUUUUAUUAUUAUUAUUAUUAUACUUCCUCCCUUCUCUACCAUAUCCUCCUAUAUAUACAUUAUACAUAGUGUCUCUUAUUAUACCCCAUUUAGUUUAUUUGUUACAAAAUUCCCCUACUCUUCUUUUUUUCACACACUCACAUACAAUCUUCGUAUUCCUUUUUUUUUGAUUUGUUUUUCUUUUUUUGAAAGGAUGAUAUCAUUCAUCUUAUUUUUUUGAAAUAAAUAAAUAAAAAGAAAAAAACGCGAGAAUCAAAGUGUUGAUCACACUUCUUGCUGAUUAAACAAAAAAGAAAAAAACACCAUCUUGAUUCUGCACUCCCCCUUGUUAUCAUCUUCAUUUUUUUUUCAUCAUCUUUAUCAUGGAUGAUAGAAGCAACUUCUGUCUUCCAAAAGUAGAAUUGAACGGUAACCAAUGCUCGUGUCACGGUUCAUCCCAAAAUAAGAAAUGUGUCAUUCCAGUCUAUCAUCCCAAAUAAAAAUGUGAGUCAACA